AUGCAGCCGUACGCAGUGGGCGAGACCGUGGAGGUGUGGAGCAAUUCCAGGCGGGCGUGGAUACGAGGCGCGAGGAUCGUGUACGCCCCGACGACCGACGCCAGGCUCGAGGGCUUCGACGUCAAGGCUGGCACCGUCAAGGUGGAGUUCGAGGGGAACACCAAGUGGAUCCUCCCUGAGAUGGUCGCGGCGCACGUCCGCGACGCUGGCAUGUGCAAGUUCGGUUGUGGUCGGAAGGUACAGCCUGGAUUGACAAAGGGCAUGAAGCCUUUCGACACAUGCUGCAAGAGGUGCGCCCUGAACCCUGGCAAGGGCGACCACGACCCAAACUGCGGGAACACGAGCCCCACAGCGCGCAGGUCGAGGUCAGAGGCGGAUGUGGCAUGCAUCGACGCGCACAAAUGGCUGAAAGAGUUGAUCGAGUCAGAUGAGGAGCUAAACAAUUACUCCGCCGCGAUUUUUUUUGAGACGACUGGCGGGGAGAAGUUCAUGAACCUAGCCCAGUUCAAGGUAUCCCUCAGAGAUUCGCUGCUUCGCCCAGUGGAGGAGACGCUGCCUUCGUCCGAGGAUAGUCUACGGGGCGUGUACAGCAAGCACACGUCCUGGACCCGUGACUUCGUCCGAAAGAAUGUGAACAGGCUUUCCGAUUUGUACGACGUGGGCGAAAAACUCGGCGAGGGUAGCUUCGGUGUGGUGCACAUGGUCACGCACAAGAUCUCCUUCGAACAACGGGUGUGCAAGAGAAUCGAGAAAUUUCGUGGUGCGGCUGGCAUGCCCCUGGACGAGAUCUUGAGGGAAAUCGGUAACAUGGCCGUGCUGGACCACCCGAAUGUCAUCAAGGUGUACGAAUAUUUCGAGGACGAAGCCAGCGUUUCUCAAAUCAUGGAGCCGUGCAAUGGAGGAGAGCUACAGAACAUAAUCGACGACAAGUUCAGGAGGAGGUGCUCGGACUAUUCAGAGGACUUCAUUUGCGACGUCAUGAAGCAGACACUGCGUGCUCUGGCGUUCAUGCAUGGCGAACGGUUCAUGCACAAGGACCUAAAACCUCAAAAUAUCAUGAUGGUUGACAAGACGUCCUCGUCAAUCAAGCUUAUAGACUUCGGCAUUGCAGAGCUCUUCGAGCCAGACAAGAAGGUGUCGCAGACCUUCGGCGGGACUCUGCUGUACAUCGCGCCCGAGGGGUUCGACCGUGGACUCGAGAUGAAGAGCGAUAUCUGGAGUGCUGGUGUUAUCUUGUACAAUUUGAUCACCGGUGACUACCCCUUCAUGGAGACUUGGCCUCCCCCGCCUGGCAGGGACAUCACCUGGUGGCAGAGCGGUGUCCGCAAGGCCAUCGUGAGCGAGAGCUACCGCCAUCACCCGAACCUGUCCACUGGCGUGUCCUGGGAUUGCGUGGACCUGAUGCGUGCGAUGUUGAACAAGGACCCACUCGGCCGCCCAGAUGCGGCGAAAUGCCUUGAACACGACUGGUUCAAGAGAUUCGAUAGGAGGCCUCCGCCUUUGUCUGUGGGUGUGAUACAAUGCCUGGACGCGUUUGCAGGACAGCCCGAGCUCAAGAAGGCUGUCUUCUUGCUGAUCGCCCACCAGUGCAGCGUGCCGGCUCUGCAGGAGCUCCGUGCCAUCUUCACCCACUGCGACACCCAGAACAGAGGCACCAUCAGCGCGGCCUCAAUCCGGGAGGUGCUCAGCCUAAGUGGCAUGUCGCAUUUGCGCGCGGCGCGGAUCCUCCACGCGCUGGACCGCGACCAGACUGGCUGCGUCUCCUGGACAGAGUUCAUCGCUGCGGCCCUCUGCAUCAGCGUGUGCCAGAACCAGCCCCUCGUGGCAGCCGCCUUCGCGACCAUCGACCAGGACAAUGAUGGGAAGGUCAGUCGGCAGGAUUUGGCUGAUGCCCUCGCCAGGGGGGAGCACGCGGCCCUCUGGGCAAAGCAGCUGCCGGCAGAGUGCGACAAGAUCUCUCGAGCGCACUGGCUCGCGAAAGAGCAGUUCCAGCAGUACGUGGGCGCUCACAUGCGCGAUUUCAUUGCAGGCGAUGCGAUUAAAGCGGUGAGCUGA